AAAUCAUAUGCAACGGCCGACCAACGUCUACAGACACUUUUCAUCCUCACCUCGUCCUCUCUCUAUCUCACAUGUAGGAAGACGAUUGGAAGAAAUCACCAGUUUUUAUAGGGUUUUUGAUCACUUCUGAAUCAAUCAAAUGGCCGCUCCACCGGCUAGAGCUCGAGCGGAUUACGAUUUCCUCAUCAAACUUCUCUUAAUCGGCGACAGCGGUGUUGGUAAGAGUUGUCUCCUUUUACGAUUCUCAGAUGGUUCCUUCACCACUAGUUUCAUUACAACUAUAGGUAUCGAUUUCAAGAUAAGAACAGUUGAGCUUGAUGGAAAAAGAAUCAAACUGCAAAUCUGGGACACUGCUGGCCAAGAGCGAUUCAGGACAAUCACAACUGCUUAUUACCGUGGAGCCAUGGGUAUUCUGCUAGUAUAUGAUGUCACCGAUGAAUCAUCCUUCAACAACAUCAGGAAUUGGAUCCGGAACAUAGAACAACAUGCAUCUGACAAUGUAAACAAGAUACUGGUUGGCAACAAGGCUGACAUGGAUGAAAGCAAAAGGGCUGUUCCUACCUCAAAGGGUCAGGCACUUGCUGAUGAAUAUGGCAUCAAAUUCUUUGAGGCUAGUGCAAAAACAAAUAUGAAUGUGGAAGAGGUCUUCUUCUCUAUAGCUAGAGACAUAAAACAGAGACUCUCCGAAACUGACACGAAGACUGAGCCUCAAACCCUUAAGAUUAACCAACAAGACCAGGCAGGAGGAACUUCUGAAUCGGCUCAGAAAUCAUCAUGCUGUGGCUAAUAAUUAUCAACCCAUUGACUCUUCUUGGUAUUCACAUUUUCAAUUUACCAAGUCGCCCUUCAAUUUUUUUUUUCCGCAUGAUCAGAAAUUUGAUUCAUACAUCAUUUUAUCUUUUUUUUUCUUUUUGCCGUUUUUAAUUAUUAUUUUUUUUGCAUUUGGGCAACUCUCGCUUUCAUGUAUUGAUGUCAUUUCAUACCUUGGAUGAUUAUAUCUUUAGAAAAGGGUAGAAAGGGAACAAUAAAAAGAUGGUCAAAACUAGUUGCAACUUUGAGAAGGGUAUGAAGAUAUAAAGUUAUCAAUAAUGUUGGUUUUGCAUAUAAUAAUUGAAAUUAUAAAGUGAUGAAAGCUGAGUUUUUGGUUGA